GAAAAUAUAAGUACGGGGUGCGGCAUAUUCAAAAUUGUGCGUUACGUAUAAUUGUCGACAAAUAUUCCCUGAAUACACGACGUAAGGUGGAAAAAUCGGCAAUUCUCCUUUAUUUAUGCCUCCGUCCCCUUUUUCGUUUUUAUUUCUCUGUUGUUUGCUUGGUUACAAUCAGCUUUACUGGUACUAGUGUGUGCUGUUUGUAACUCAUACAACCUCGGGAUAUCCUGAGCUGUCACUUGAGUUUUACUGUUAAAGAGGUUGACGCAUAAGAAUGUCUGAAAUAAUAUCAUAGAACGCGAGAGUGUUCAUAUGCUUUUACUUCUGUACUCCCUCUCGGAUUUAUCAUCUCCGACACCAUUCAAAACAAGUUUGGUAGUUGCUACCGAGCAAAAUCAAAAACGGACUCUGCUUUUUCCGAUAGGUCAACGCUGAUAACACCUCACUCGAGUAAGUAUCGGCUUCAUAGAUGAACUCUUUCAAGGGGAAACGAUCAUUGAAAAGCAAACUGCAAAGAUUGUCACGCCUCAACCAGCAUACUAUCCUUGGUAUUUAAGACUGAUAUUUCGGUCGUUUUCAACAAUACCAAGCAACUGCAAAUCAAUAACGUUUCGUAAGUCAGUCACCUACAACGUGGGACCAGGCAUAUAUGCUUCGGUCUAAGUUACCUCACCUCAUCAGCACAGCAAGGUGAUCACCGAAUUCACAGUAGUCACUUCGAUUAUAGCAGUACAUAAGAAGAUUGCGUAUAAGUAUAUAAUACAGGGGGAAAUAAUUAGUUCGUAUAGAGCAAUUUUAAUGUCAGAUUCAGAUUUGUGUAGUAAGGACAGAAGGCCUAUGGCAUAUGUUAUUCCUUUUCUAGUAUGCUUCUGUGGGUGUCCAGUCUUCUCUUUAAUUAGUCAGUUGAAGGUGCGGACACUACUGUUACGGGUGAUAGGUUCCAAGUAUUGAUGACUCGAUGUGAAAACCUGUGUGCCACGGAUAUUGUGUUCGUUCUCGGCUUUUCUACUCGCUUGCUAUGUCCUCUGAGAUGUCCCGAUCUAGUGGGAAGAAAAGAGCGUAAACAAAUCAGAUCUAGGUUAAGCAAAAGUCUAAGGAACGACCGUGAGCAGUGAAGGGCAACGAAAGCAGAAGAGGUGGAAAAGGUGGCGGUCAUAGGGAACACAAGAUAGCUCUACAGACUAAUAAAAGAAACUGGAAUUAACAAGUCAAGUGUAAGUGAGACUAUCUCGGGGAAAGACGACACUCAUCUGCUCCCAGUCCAGACGUUUAGGACGAUGGGCGGAACAUUUUGUAGAACAGUUCAGCUAACCUUCAGCUACUCUACAACUACCCUCUAUUUCCAGACAGUGAAUUGAACGUUGAAAUAGGUCCCCCAACUCUUGCUGAAGUUCAAAGGCUAUAGCUAAUCUGAAACGAGUUAGGGCAGCUGGUCCAGAUGGAUUGGCUCCAGAGGUCUUUAAGGAUGGUGGUCCAAUUUUAGCGAUUACGCUGAUUAAUAUUUUAACUAAAAUGUGAGAGUUGGACGUAAUCCCAUUUAACUAAUCGCAAUCACUGAUUGUCCCACUAUAUAAGAACGAUUCAAAAUCAUCCUAUGAUAACCAUAGAGGGAUUAGUUUGACCAACAUAGCAUCUAAAAUACUAGCCUCAAUAAUUAUUGAGCGCCUAACAAGGACUCUUGAACUGCAAACACAAGAAAAUCAGGCUAGCUUCAGACAUGGUCAUGGCUGUAUCGACCACAUAUUCACCAUUCGUCAGGUAUUAGAACUCAGGCAUGUUUAACGGCCUCCGACAAUGGUGGUCUUUCUUGACUCGUAAAAGCAGCAUUUGACUCCGAGAUCGAGAGGUUCUGUGGCUCACGAUACGAUACAUGGCUCAAAAUCGUUUGCAAUGGCGCAGGUGCAUCCACUCUUUGUGCCCUCCCAAAUUCUAAUCUUCUGAAUUAUUCAUGUCCUUUAUUUUCUUUCUAAAUUUAUUUCACUGGAUUACACUUUAAAUAACAUCUUCAAACCCUUAUGUUUCCUAUUACUGCUUAUACUCUUACCACCUCUACCACUAUGGGAUUUGAAUCGACAACUGCAUCUCUGUGCUAAUGUGGUGUGGCAACUCAAACUGAUGUACGUACACAUGAGGUUCUACGUUGUUACUGACUGGGGUUCUGUGGCAAUGUCUGUCAUUGGAAGGUGUACCUCAGAAGUACAUAAACCUUGUGAAGGCUCUUUACUCGAACACUGCCGGUCGAGUCAGAACUUAUGGCGAACUGUCAUCUGCUCUUGCAACCUCAUGUGGUGUCCGGCAAGGCUGUCCACUAUCUCCAUUUAUGUUUAAUCCCAUCAUAGACCUACUGCUGGAAAUGACGUUCUCGUCGUCUGAGUUUUCGGGCAUUGAUCUCCUUCCAGGAGGUCCACUUAUCGACUUAGAAUACGCAGAUGACAUAGUCCUGUUUGGUGAAGUCGCUGAUAGAAUUCAGAGUCUUUUGGUAGCACUGAGCAACAAUGCCAGGAUGCUUAGGAUGUGUUUCCCCCCUCGAAAUGCAAGGCGUUGCUCCAGGACUGGCCUGCAUUGAUGACUUCACUUAUGUUGAAAGUCUGAUCAACCCUAAUAGGUUAAUGUCUGACAGAAUCUGUGCACGGAUUCAGAAAGCUCGCUUGACUUUUGCGAACAUACCUAUGGAGAAGGCGAGAUAUCUGUCUAUCAAUUAAGGGACAAGUAUACUGCGCGGCAGUUUGUUCUGUUCUACUUUACGGCAGCGAAACAUGGCCAUUAAGAGCAGAAGACACUCGUAAGCUACUAGUAUUUGACCACAGAUGCCUUAGAAAUAUUGCUGGCGUCUGCUGGGAUCGCCGGGUAAGUAAUAGUGAGGUUAGACACAAGGUAUUAGGGAAUGAUGGUAAAUCAGUUGAUGAGGUUGUGAAUCUUCAUCGACUGAGAUGGUUGGGCCACGUGUUACGUAUGCCUGAACACCGAUUACCACGACGUGCAAUGCUAACCGGUGUUGGGAAUGGUUGGAAGAAAGUUAUGGGCGGCCAAACCAAAACGUGGCAUCAGUGCUUGAAGACACAAACAUCUGGUCUGAGCCAUGUUGGUAGAUGCAGACUACUCGGUUGGGGUCCGCGUGACUAUCGUAACCAAUGGUUUGAAACUGUGUUUGACAUGGGUCAGAUUCGAUUACAAUUGCGUAGGUAUAUAGACUCUCUUCCCUUAAACCAAGAGAUUAAAAUCGCUUCAUAUCUUUCUACGUACUAAAUCUUUUUUUCUGUACUAUAUUCUUAUUGCAGUCUUUCUUUUAUAUAUUACCACCAUUGACUUAACCAUUCCUAUGAAUCCGGUGUUCAUAUUGAUGUGCUAAUGCGGUAUGGCAACUUGGACCGAUGCAUAUAUGUGCUUGGUCCUACCUUGUAGCUAACUGACUGACUCAGCCACUCUUUAGACCAGUCAGUAAUCACAUUAUUUAAGUCUUCCUGAGGUGCGCAUGCGUUUGCGUCUCCGGUUAUUACUCGCCAGAUUUUUACAUCGUCAGCGUAUUAUAACAUUGCGGACUGUACUAUACUUGGGAGAUUAUUUACAUACAGUAUAAAAAGUAAAGGACCUAGGACGGAACCUUGAGGUACUCCACUAGUUACUGGUCUCCAGGUGGAGCACUUGGAAUUUAUUCUUACUUUCUGUCUACGACCUACUAGGAAAACCCUAGACCAUUUUAAAAGAGGUCCGGCAAUACCAAGAUUUUCUAAGUUCAAUAGCAAUCUAUUUGUUGGCACCUUGUCAAAAGCCUUACUGAAGUCUAUGUAGAUAACAUCUACCGAGUUUCCGUUGUCCAGCACUUUUAUCUAAUAUUCUCUUGCUAUGAGGAAGUUCGUUGUAUAAGAUAAACCCUUACUGAAAUCAUGUUGUUCAAAAGGUUAUUGGUUUCCACAAAUGUCAUUAUGGCUUUUGGACUAUUCUUCCCAAUAUUUUAACUACAACGCUGGUGAGGCUUACAGGUCUGUAGUUCGAUGGAAGUUGUCUUGGUCCUGUUUUAUGUAUGGGAGGGACGAUUGCGUCCUUCCAGUCCAUAGGUAACACACAUUGGUCAAGUGACAUAUUGAAUAUCACAGUCAGUGGGGCCGCGAUAUAUUGUGCAAUAUGUCUCAAGAUUUUGGGGUGUAGUUCAUCUGGUCCUGUUGGCUUUUCCAUGAUUAAGGUGAUAAAAGCCUUAAGCAUAUAGUCUUGAUCGAAGUCCACGGUGAGUAGGUGGUUUGUUGACUCUUUAUUUUGGUCUGGUUCUUUGUCUAGAGGAGGUUCCUGAGUGAAAACUGCCCCAAAAUAGUCAGCCAUAGACUAUACUUUUUCCUGAUCUUCCUCUAUCAUUUCAGAUCCACAUGCUUCUCUAAUUAGGUUGGGAAUCCAAUGAUGCAUCCUUGUUCUGUGGUUUAUGUAUGAGAAUGUUCUCUUAGGCUGCUUGAGUGCAGAUUGUGCCAACUGUAUUUCAUGUUUUUUUGAGAUUCCUGAAUUUGAAUUAUACACGUGUUUCUUACCGAUCUGUAGCGUUUCAUCGUACUUGCUGUGCCAAGACUGAUAGCAACGUUCUAACAUUUCUUCUUUUGUCUUAGUAAACGUCGAAUAUCCCAGCCUAUCCAGGGAAGACCGUGCUUCUUCCUCUUUGGGACUGUCCAGGGUAUGUAUGGUUGAGUUACCCGAUUGUAUAACUGCCCGAAAUAAGUUCAUGCCUCUUGUACUGAAGCCCUUGAGUCAAUUUCCCAGUUUUCAGCCGAUGAUGCGGGGUUGAUUGCCUUCCAUAUAUUAGGACAGGCCGGCGCAACUGUUUGACAGGCAAUCUCAGCCAUGAAUUUGAAUAACAUGACUGCAUGGUUACUUCCCCCUAAUGGUGGGACAUACUAGUGUUAGCAGUCAGCUUGAUGAGAUUGCUGACUAAGCGUUCGUAACUCAAGAGACAGUUUUUGAUUACUUAGUUGCCUAAAACCUAGUAAGUCCGUGAAUUCAGAUGAGUUAGAUCUUAGAAUACUGGUAUCGCUCAAAGACACGAUUCUCAGAACCAUUCAUACAAUUAUUCAGUAUUUCUUCCUGAACUAAACUCUCAAGGAUUUGGAAGGUUGCUGUCCGUUACCCCUAGUUUUAGGAAUGUAAAUACUAAUAUCUGAUUACCAUCAUUUUAGCCUAAUCAGGAUAUUGGCUAAAGUAUCAAAGAGAAUGAUUCCUGGUAAAUUACUUGGUCAUUUGGAAUUACAAAAUCUGUUAACUCCAGAGCAAGACGGUUUUCAUAAAAGAUGUUUGACUGACAAAUUCACUGAGAAGGAUGACGGUAGUAGUUCAAGAUAGCAAUAUAUAUGUCUAUUUACUCAUCUUUGAACAAUAAUAUUGUAAUUUGGCAGAAAUGUAGAUUCUUCACAGGAAUGUUAUCGCUUAGUGCAACUUUCGAAGUGUUUGAUGAAGAUACUUUAAAAACGAUACGUAACAGAAGUAUUACAACUAGGUGAUUGUUAAUUUAUAACCCGUGAAAACCCAAACAUUCGAGUUUUCCUUAUUGGUAGACAUUUAACGACUUUACAUACCAACCUUUUUAAUAGGGGAAAAUGUAAAGACGUUGAUAUUUAUUAUACUUUUUUAUUGUAGACCCCAGAGAAUAAUUUCAACAAACAAACGUUCUAAUUUUUUUUAUAUUUCAUAUGUGAUUGGGAUUUAUCACGAUUCUUAUGGACUUAUCAUUUUGAAUUGUCUACAAUGAUUAGUAGACUUGACUAAUUGAAAUAGGACAACUUAAAUUUUCUAUCCUUUAUCUCUGAUAAUGGAAAGUUAUUGCGUAAUGAGGAUUUACUGUUAACACCGCAUUUAUUUGGCGACUUGUAUAACUUCAGAAAGUGGGAGGUUUGUUGAGCAAAUGUCUUUCCAAGGAGCACAAUACUUGCAUAUAAUUUUCUUCGAGAAAUGUAAGUAAUCAGUAGUGAUUAUAACACUAUUACCAGAAUGUUUUGUCAUAUAGAAGUUAAGUGAAAAAUCACUUUCUUUGCUAAAGGCACCAUAAAUUUCACAUUAUUGAUUUCCCUCAUUGCUCUACUCAUUUUUAUUUGUUUAUGAAUGAUUGGUUGCAUGGGUUUGGUUGCAGAGAACAUAUCUUCAUUCAUGGAUCAGUGAAUCUCAGUGACUACAUACGAGUUUGUCUCUCACGUUAUAAGUUAAUGAUCCCGGGUGACUCCCAAAUCGUAGUAAAAGUUCGAUCAAAGCUUAUGAACUAUUUUUCAAAAAAUUGUUCGUUCAGUCAGCGACCAAAUUUUUAUUUCUGUGUUGUCAUCUUUCUAAACCCAAAUAAAUGAGGGUUGAGCUGUUUGACGAGACUUGAUCUUCAUAGCUGUUGUCCUCGGAAGGGUCAUAGUCUAUCGUUACUCAAAGUUCUAUUGCGAAGAUGUAGGUGUAUUAAUUUUGUGUCAUGUUAACAUGAAACAUUGUGCUUUUCCGUGCCCUUAAUCUUAUGUUUUACUUGUUUUUCGGAUAUUUCCUUUGGAAACGGAUGUGAAGAGUAACACAAAUAGGAGCUAUACAUAAUCGCACCAAGUCCUUGUUUCUGUUGAAUAAGCCAUCUGAAGCUUAAGAAUCUAAAUUAAGUUUUAAAUAAAUAUUCUAACUAUAUCUGUUCUGGUUGUUCUGUAUCGUAUGAACCUUACAUUUUUCUGUAUAUGAAAAAACAGUUGUACUUGUAAAUUUAAUAAUCAAAAUCUAGAAAAGCAAAUCGAAUCUGUUAACAAUAUUGAUUAUUUAAAAUGUUAAUUCUAAACACAGAAGAGUGAACUACAAAUGAGGUCCCGAAAGUUAAAAGGUUUGAAAACUGUAAAUAGUCGUUUAUUAUGAUUGAAAAAAGAUAACUGAUCAGUUUUUGAAAUUAUCCCAGUGUAAAUUUCUGCUCUUGAUUAGGUACCACUGCUUUCUAAUCAGUCAGUAAUAAGUGAUGUAAAACCUGACACGUCCAAUGGUUCGAAUUACCACAUCACAUCAGCACAUCCAGAUGGCAUUACCAGGAUAAAUACCAAAGUAGCAAAAGUAAAAGCAGUAUCAGUUAUAGUAGAAAAAAAGGACAAUAUAAUCCAAGAGAAAGAAAGGAACUCGUGGGUUAAAAAGUAUGAGAUAACUUCAAAUCUCAAGAUCUAAGUAGAGAUAGAGAGUGGAUAGAUUUGAGCUAUCGUGAAUAAUUCUGAGUCGUGUCACCUAACGUAUCCAACCUCUAGUCGCAGUUAUUUCUUGAACUCUAAGCAGGUAGUCUGCACAGACCAAUAGUGCAUGACUUUAUGGAUUAUUAUGUUUUCCUUUUUGGCUGUCUCUAGUUUUUUUCUUUCAAUCUACUACGUCAACUAAUAUCACAUCUUAAGAUAGGCGCUGGUUAAGAAUAUGCAGUACAUGUCUCAACCACAUCAGUCAUUAGGAGCUCAACGUUUUCUCAACCAAUUUGUCAUUUUUGGUUAGUACUCUGCUUUUAACUCCUAUAUCACUCACCGAAUGAUCCCAACAUACGGGAGCAAAGCUUCAAAUAUACCUGUGGUCGAAUAGUAGUAACCUACAAACUCAUUCUAAUUUUAAAGCCAUUCCUAAUAGCAGUUUCGAUAAACUAUCAGUUCAUAUUCUGUUCAUCAAACCAAUUAAGAACAUUUAAUAAUGAUAGAUUAUUACUUGUCAACUUUUAAAAAAAGUAAACUAACUUAAAUUAUAAGCUUUCAGAUAAAUUGUUUAUAAAAAGUAUUAAUUUAGUGGGUUGUAACCAGGCAUCGAUUACAUGGUUCUAAGUAAAUAGUUACACAAAAAGAGGGGCUGUUGAUAAUAUUUAAGAAAUACAUAAGAAUAAACAGCAGGCGUGUCAUUAACCGAGGAGUCCAAAGGUUAAUGGCAAGUAGCAUCAAUGCUAACUAAGACUUCUAAGUUAAGACAUCUUUUAUAAUGGUAAUGCCGAAUAGAUAAGGGAAAUUAAAGGAUGUUUUGUAAAUUGACAUGCGAAAUAUAAUUAAACCUAAGGGUCAUCGUAAAAAGAGAGAUCUGACAAAACUUUUGUAUAAAUACAUCAGAUUUUAAGCUAUGGGUAAUGAUAUAAAGCAGUAACUAACCGAUUUACUAGGUACGUGGGUAUGAGUCUCACUCUAAUUGCCAAGGCCAAUGGUUCCAACCGCUUCCUCAAACCGUGAUAGGUGGGGUGGGGUUCGAAUCAUAGACCUAGUAACUGAGAGCCAAAUGCCUUAACCACUGUAUAUCACUCCAAAUUUCAUGAUGAAUUUGAGGUCGAAUACCUUGAAUCUACUACAUGUUACACAACAGAAGUAACUAAUCUGUGUUGUCCUUAUAUAUCCUAUCGGAUUGUGAGUAAGGAGUCACAGUUCCUUAAAAUUUAUCCAUGGUUAGGUUGAAGGAUAUGAGAUAUUAUGACUGUAUCGUAAAUUGUUCCCUACUAGCCAUCCUACCAUCGUUUCGUCAACUUUGAUGCGGGUGAAAUUUCUGAUGUUCCGUGUAUGUAUAAUUUAGAAAUUCUAGCAACUAUUAUCAUUGUUUUAUUCUCAAUUGUCUUUCAGAUGUUUCCUGUGUUUCAUUCUUUUUACCCCUCCCAAAGGAUUAUUGAUGACCUUUCUUUGUUGUUUCGUCUUCCUUGUGGCUGUAACCUGAUUUACCGAUUUCCGGAUAAAAGAUCCGAUAUUACUGUCGUCACAUGAAUCAGUCCCUGCAUGGAUUGAAGUUAAACACAGUCGAAACAUAUCCUUAUCGUUUUGGUUUGUCAUGACAGUACUUUGGAUGUUAGUUUGUUGUUCAGUCGGUUUUAUUGCAGGGUCGUACUUUGUCCAGUUAAUCUUGUUUUUCUCUGCCGUUAUUUUCAUUUAUAUGCAUUUACGUAAUACCGUUACUGAAGAAUCCCUUCUACUCAUAUCUGGAUAUGGUUUACAAACAUCAAAUCGUUACUUUACUGGUCGACGAUCAUAUUCUUCAUUUAUUCCAGUAGAACGGAUUAAAGGAUUUCAUUUAAUAGAUUCCGUCAGUCCAUUUACUAUUUGUACUUAUUUAAGUUGUGAAUUUGCCAAGGUCACUUCUACUGCUACUACUACUACUACUGCUACUACUACUACUACUACUACUACUACUACUACUACAGCUGAUCCACAGAAAACUGAAUCAUUAUUCAAUAAAGCUACAACGGCACUAAAGACAGAUUACGGUCUUCUACCAUUAAUGCCCAUUACUAUGGAUAAUAGACAAAUUCGAUUUAAAGGUUGUGAUCGUAUUCCAUUGCCUUAUCUUGUAUGGAUGUUACGUUUAGCGAAUACAGUUUUAUUUCAUUAAAUUUCUAUGUUGUUAAUAUAAUUCUUUUUUCAAUUUUGUUUUGGAAAAAACUGUAUUCCUUUAGUUACUGUUUACUUUUCAAUCGUUUUUUAAAUAACCCUUAGUUGUUUUACGGAUUAAGCUUAUGUUUUAUAGUACAUUUUCUCGUCAUGAAUUCAACUUGCGAAAUAAAAUGUAACUAAUCGAGAAACUGAAUUAACAAUAGCAUUCUUCUAAUCCUUUUGGAGUUGAACAUGGGUAAGGUACUUCUUGAUUGCGUAUGAGAAGUUUAUUACCGUCUUCAAGAUGCUCUACAAAAUCAAUUUCCCAACUAGAAGAAACUGAGUUUAUAUACUCUUUUUAAACGUCUUGUUGACACAAGGACCUGAUCCGACAAUGGAGAGAAUUAUUGGUUGUAAACUAACCACUAAGCCAAUAUACCCAUUUUUAAAGCUUUGUUUGACUGAAGUAUAGGCAAGAUUUGGUUGAAUGCUUAGUUCGUAGAGCUAAAGUUAUUUACUCUGAAGGGACUUUCAAGGAGGAACUAAAAAUUUUCUGUGAUCUAUUAUUGAGUAAUAAUAAACGUCCGUCAAAGUUCUAAACAACGUCUAUCUCUGUGAUAAAAACUGAGAUAAAAUCAUAAACUACCGAACAAAGCUUUACAGCUCAAAAUUAGUGAAGUCAGUAAAACAGUGGUAUAAUGUAUAUGAAAGCCCUUACAACAAGCACUCAAUAUAUUAAGAUAAUGUCCCUUCUCCAGCCUCCCAGUAGUGAGACUACGAAAUGAAGAUAGACUACCUAGUUCUACUGGAUUAUGAGUAAGUAGAAGUCACUGAUUGUGUCCGUUUGCGAUGCUGGGUUUCAUAGGAAGCUACAGCUUCACUAUUCUGAUUAGUAUCAUCUUAAAGAACUAUUACUGGGUUUAAAACCUUGCCAAUUACGUUUAAUCGAUCCUCUUUUGUGAAAACUCUACGUCAGCCCAUGUAUGAUGUACGGCUAAUAUAGAGUUGAACGAAAAGAAAACAAAUAGUUUUGCUAUGCUAUACCCCAUUGAAUAUUCAUCAUGAAGAUAGAUGAAGGAAUUGUAAUCGGAAAAAGGUUCUGCGUAGUAAGGUUAAAUGCUGAAAUUAAGAUGAAUUGUAAUCAAUCGAAUUAUGAAAAGAGAAACAAAUCAGUUGGGAGUAAAAGUUAUGUUCAGAAGAAGAUAAAAGGGAAGCAGAUGACUGUGAGAGAAAAAAAGGAAAGUUUUUUCAAGAGGCCAGUGGGUUGUGAAGUUUCUUCUGUACAUGUAAUUCUGCUUUCUCUAGAUGUUUAGGAAGUGAUGCAGCAAUGCUAAAAAGAUGGAAGGUAACUAAAUUUGGACGUUUCCUACUCACCUUGUAGGUGACUUUGAACGCAUAACCCGCUUUGGUCGAAUGACCUGUGUUCACAAGGUAUUGGAUUAUUGAGCUCCUAAUUAACUUAUUUCCGCCUCUUCUCAGUCAAGCCCGGUAGUGUUCGCGAAUUGUUUCGAGUAAAAUACUCUUCGAUCGCCCUGUAUAACUGGCCCAACAUGAACAAAGGAAUUGAUAAGUGCACAGGAAAUCGGUCAAAUGACAAUUUUUCCUUUAGAUUACUAGUGACCAUAGGUCGACUGGGGAAUGCUAGUCGCGAAGUUGCUGCAGGGAAAGUUCUGUUGAGUGGGUGAGAAAUUCUCCUCUUCGGGAUGUCUGAAGCUAUAAGUGGUAUUUGUACUCACCAACCAACAUGUUGGCUACAUACCUCGACAAUCAUUACAAGAUAAAGCUGUUAAUACUGCAGACUAUUUGUUAGUAAAAUCUUUACCGGUGAGGCAUCCAGAUCUCAUUAGAGAAACUCGUCAAUACUUUGAAUGUAUACUGUGCCAUAUGAAGAGGUUGGAAUACCAAUCUGAAACGUAGGUUUCUUGUUUAUCUCCCAAAACAGGAUGAGUUAUCCACUACUCCUGAUGGUACUUUGUGUCUGAAUGGUCGUGCAUUUAUUCCUUUUUUAUAACGUAAAUCUGUCCUUGGAGAUCUUCAUAGUGGACAAUUAGAUGCUGAAUGACAUCCUUGACAAGGCUCACAUGUUAGUGGCCGGAGAUAAAUACUGACAUAUAUCGUACAGGAAAUCAUUGUGGAGAAUAUCGUAAGUUGGAAAAUCAUCCUUCGCAACGGAUUCUAUGGCCAUUAUCGUCUGAGGCCUGGCAGAGAAUUUAUGCAGACUAUUGUAGUCCAUUUCUCUGCAAAUACUAUGCAUUUGUUAUCAAUGCUUCUCUCAAGUGGCCUGAAGUUUCUCUCACAACUUCACCAUAUUCUGACUUCUUAAUCCAGGCAUUAAGAAAAGUUUUCAGUCGGUAGGUGGUUCCUAUGUUGUUAUUGAGUGUUAAUGGCUCUCAUUUUGCUGCAGAGACAGUCACUAUCUGGUUGAAUGGUAUAGGAUGCAGACAUCUGUUCAUUACUAACAGGCACUUUUGUUAUAAUGGUCAGGAAGAAAAUUUCGUCAGGACAUUAAGGACUUCCAUUAAUUCCAUUGCGGCUUCAACGUUUGAUGAAUUGGAAUGAGGAGUAGACACAUUACUGCAAUCUAGAAAUGUUAAACAUUUUGCAACGAAAGAGAUCCCAUCAAAGUUACUAAAAAAAGGAUUCUCCGUUGAAAUAUGAGGUGUUUAGAGUUUGCGUAAGUUAUAUUUUAUUGUGGAAAUAAUCUUUGACCAACCACGGAGAUUGUGGCGAAGAAUGUUGAAAAAUCUAUGGUUUGAAUUUUAGCUAUCAAUGAUUUAAGCACACACGAUAGAGAUGUUGAUCAAAUACAAUUCCAGGAACCAGGUGAGUCUGUUCCAAUUUCGGUUGUUAAUUCUGCUUUUAAUGAGUACAUUCUAGAUCAUAUAGAGUCUACAUCAUACACACAGUCGGACAGAUACAUGAUGAACCUAAGGAGAAAAAGUACAACCGAUUACAGAAAGUCGGAUUCCCAUUGAGGCUGAUGUGGUUGUGGCAUUUGUACGAACUAAUGAUUACUUUGUGUGAACGAUGAAUAUGCUUUUCAGUAAUUUCUCAUAAAGUUCUACAAUUAUCUC